CGCCGGUCAACCCCCAUUUACCUACAAGCCAACUACGGUAUCUUUACCUAGUCGGACUUGUAUAUUUUGCUUGCCUUGUCAAUAUCGUGAUGCCAGGAUGAAAUGCAGCGAAGUGCACUACUUGCCACGUGUUCGAAGCCUGGCCUAAAUACCAGUUAUAUCACAUUCUCCGUUAUGUUAGAUCUAGCUUACGUGCUAACGGCCUUAGCAUCGUGGGUUCAACAAGCGCGAUGGCUAGCAACACACACCCCUUGGUGUAUACUUGUAUGUAUCUGCCAUGACGUUACUUGCUGUCAUAAUUUGUUUCCUAACCUGUUGACUAGUGGAAAUCAAAAUAGAACUAUGCUAAAGCGCAUCUGUUUCCCAUACAUGUAUACUGUUCAAAGAUAUAAUUCAUCUGCACAGAAUCUGCCUCGCAUUGAUUCUUGUCGCCAUAAGUAAUACGUGGUGGACGCUGGAAGCGGGAACAUUGUACUAUUUCAAGCUGCCUAUGGCUUAUUUAGUUUCAUAGGUCUCUAUUACCUCUGGUUAUAGAUUGCGGGAUGCUGUAUGUGUAUAGUCCGCUAGGGGAG